AUGUUCAAACCAGUAGACUUCUCUGAAACAUCUCCUGUGCCGCCUGAUACUGAUCUUGCUCCUACACAAUCGCCACACCAUGUGGCACCUAGUCAGGACUCCAGUUAUGAUCUUCUAUCCCGGGGUUCCGAUGAUAAAAUUGACGCUGAAAAGGGUCCACACGAUGAGCUAUCUAAGCACUUACCACUUUUUCAAAAAAGACCUUUGAGCGAUACUCCCAUAUCUAGCAAUUGGAACUCUCCUCGAAUCACUGAAGAAAAUACCCCUUCAGACUCUCCUGAAAAUAGCGCUACUAAUUUGAAAUCGCUACAUCGAUUGCAUAUAAAUGACGAAACCAAACUGAAGGAUGCUAACAUUCCCAUGGACGAUGUUACUGACUACAUUCCUCCUUCGGAUGGAGCAAAUGAGGUGACUCGCAUUGAUUUGAAAGACAUAAAAUCACCCACGAGACACCAUAAAAGAAGACCUACCACUAUCGAUGUUCCUGGUUUAACGAAAUCUAAGACCUCUCCAGAUGGUCUUAUAUCGAAGGAGGAUAGCGGAUCCAAGUUAGUUAUUGUCAUGGUCGGACUCCCCGCUACGGGAAAGUCAUUUAUUACAAAUAAAUUAUCCAGGUUUUUAAAUUAUUCUUUAUACUAUUGUAAAGUGUUUAAUGUUGGUAACACUAGAAGAAGAUUUGCUAAGGAACAUGGUUUAAAGGAUCAGGAUUCAAAGUUUUUUGACCCAAAAAAUUCCGAUUCAACCAGACUAAGAGACAAAUGGGCAAUGGAUACUCUGGAUGAACUGUUAGAUUAUUUAUUGGAGGGUUCAGGAUCCGUGGGGAUUUUUGAUGCUACAAAUACCUCUCGUGAGAGAAGAAAAAACGUUUUGGCUAGAAUUAGAAAAAGAAGCCCUCAUUUGAAAGUUUUAUUUUUAGAAUCUGUCUGUUCAGAUCAUGCACUGGUGCAGAAAAAUAUUAGACUUAAAUUAUUUGGCCCAGAUUACAAAGGUAAAGAUCCCGAAAGCUCUCUAAGAGAUUUUAAAAGUCGUCUGGCAAACUACUUGAAAGCUUAUGAACCUAUUGAAGAUGACGAAAAUUUGCAAUACAUCAAAAUGAUAGAUGUAGGAAAGAAAGUCAUCGCAUAUAAUAUUCAGGGGUUUUUAGCUUCGCAAACGGUAUAUUACUUGUUAAACUUCAACUUGGCUGACAGACAAAUUUGGAUAACGAGAAGUGGCGAAAGUGAGGAUAAUGUUAGUGGGCGUAUUGGCGGGAAUUCUCAUCUAACCCCUCGUGGUUUAAGAUUUGCCAAAAGUCUACCCAAAUUUAUUGCCAGACAGAGAGAAAUCUUUUAUCAAAAUCUCAUGCUGCAAAAAAAGAACAAUGAAAAUCCAGAUAGCAAUCUUUAUAAUGACUUUUUCGUUUGGACCAGUAUGCGUGCUAGGACGAUAGAGACUGCCCAAUAUUUCAACGAAGAUGAUUAUCCUAUCAAACAAAUGAAAAUGUUGGACGAGUUAAGUGCAGGUGAUUAUGAUGGUAUGACUUAUCCAGAAAUUAAAAACAAUUAUCCCGAAGAAUUCGAAAAAAGACAAAAAGAUAAGUUGAGAUAUAGAUAUCCUGGUAUUGGCGGUGAAUCAUAUAUGGACGUUAUCAAUAGACUCAGACCUGUGAUCACCGAAUUAGAGAGAAUCGAGGAUAACGUUCUUAUAAUUACACAUCGUGUGGUGGCAAGAGCUUUAUUAGGUUAUUUUAUGAACUUGAGUAUGGAUAUUAUUGCUAAUUUAGAUGUCCCAUUACAUUGUGUUUAUUGUCUAGAACCAAAGCCUUAUGGAAUUACUUGGUCAUUAUGGGAAUAUGAUGAAAUGUCGGAUUCAUUUUCUAAGGUCCCACAAACGGACUUGAAUACCACAAGGGUGAAGGAAGUUGGCCUUGUUUAUAAUGAAAGAAGAUAUUCUGUUAUACCAACAGCUCCACCAAGUGCAAGAAGUAGCUUUGCAAGUGACUUCCUGUCAAGAAAAAAAUCUAACCCUACUUCAGCCUCUUCAUCCCAGAGUGAAUUAUCAGAACAACCCAAAAACAGUGUUAGUGCUCAAACAGGCAGCAAUAAUACCACCCUUAUUGGAAGCAAGAUUAACAUCAAGAAUGACAAUAGCGAUUCUAGAAUACCAUUGUCUGCACCACUUAUGACCACUAAUGCUUCUAAUAACAUCUUAGAUGGUGGUGGAACCUCAAUUUCGAUACAUCGUCCUAGGGUUGUUCCAAAUCAAAACAAUGUGAACCCUCUAUUGGCUAACAACAAUAAUGUCGCUUCUAACGCGCCUAAUGUAAAGAAAUCAACAGCUACAGCAAGGCAAAUGUUUGAAAUAGACAAAGUGGACGAAAAGUUAUCAAUGUUGAAAAAUAAAAGUUUUUCAUUACACGGAAAGAAUUAUUCUACUGACGCUGAUGAUAAUGACAACGAAGAUAUCAGAGCAAAAACGAUGACUCGCAGCCAAAGCCACGUUUAG